AUGACUUGCCAUCUUCGACCCUUCAAAUCUUUGAAGACCCAAGUUACAAAUUCAAAUUCAUCCCCAGUAGAACCUGUUAUUCUGUCUGGAGCCCCACAAAAACAUCUAGAGUUAGGAUUUCAGUUUGAAGAAUACAUCAUUGGAAAAGCGAAAUCAGUUCCUUUGAGACAUCCAUUGACAAUUCAUGAAGCCAUGAGAUAUUCACUACUUGCAGGUGGGAAACGGGUUCGUCCAAUUUUGGCAAUUGCUUCAUGUGAAUUAGUAGGAGGAAAUGAAGAAAUUGGUCUGCCAAUUGCUUGUGCUGUAGAGAUGAUUCACACAAUGUCGUUGAUUCACGACGAUCUUCCGUGCAUGGAUAACGAUGAGCUGAGACGUGGAAAGCCUACAAAUCAUAUAGUUUUUGGUGAAGAAACAGCAGUUCUUGCUGGUGAUGCUCUUCUCGCUCUAUCUUUCGAGCAUGUCGCUACUCGAUUGGCAAAAGUUGUGUCAGCGGACAGUGUGGUUCGGGCCAUAGCAGAGUUAGGUGCAGCAGUUGGUUCAGAUGGGUUAGUUGCAGGUCAAAUUGUGGACAUAAAAAGUGAAGGAAGAGAAGUAAAUUUGAAUGACCUGGAGCAUAUACAUGUGCACAAGACUGGUAAACUCCUGGAAGCUUCUGUAGUAUGCGGAGCCAUAAUCGGAGGUGGAAAUGAAAUGGAAGUAGAAAGAUUGAGAAGAUAUGCAAGAUGUGUUGGCUUGCUAUUUCAAGUUGUUGAUGAUAUUCUGGAUGUAACAAGAACUUCAGAUGAACUGGGGAAAACAGCAGGGAAAGAUUUGGCUACUGACAAGGCAAUGUACCCUAGGUUGAUGGGGAUUGAGAAAGCCAAAGAAUUUGCAGAUGGGUUAGUGACGAAAGCUAAAGAGGAACUCUCUUAUUUUGAUGAAACCAAGGCUAGGCCUUUAUACCAUUUAGCUAACUACAUUGCCUACAGGCAGAAUUAG